UAAACAAUCAACAACAACGAAUUAGUUCACGAGUUCCCAGUGACAGUUCUACCAAUGUCAGCUCUUGGAGACUGAGAACGAGAGAUGGUGUACAUGCACUGCCUCAAACCUCUGCCAUGGAAAAUUCCGCAGCGGCCAGGUGUACUGCAGCCGCCGUGUGUUGUUCACGGAAACACCUGUACAAAGGCCGUGUUGUGGCCAACAGCUUAAAGGAUUUAGCGGCGUGGAUGCGCCUUUGAUCCGGUGGCUGGGAUUUUCUACUUAGGUCGCCCCCUGAGCUGUCCUUUUUUGCAGUCAUGCUCUGUGUUUGUAAUACAUGGUGAGACUGUUUAUGACCGAGGGAUCUCAGGACACAAACCAACCUCGGCAAUUCAGAAAACUGGAAUUCGUAUUUCGGAAAACUUGACUGCUGUGUACAUCUUUGAAGAUCGCUUGAAAUGUCUGUUAACUCGGGAAGACAAAAAAAGUAUCUAUGAGCAGUUACGACCAAGUGAGGCUUUGUUGGUCAAACUCUGUUCUCUCAAAGUCUCGUGGUAAAUGAGAUAGUACGGUGUUUAGUCGUUUUUCGUGGUGGUGUUCGCACGCGAGACGUUCCAGGUACAGUUAUGGUGCGGCUGUUCCAGCCUGUGACGCUGUUCCUUUAUUUGUGCACACCCCCCGCUCUAACCAUCUUCCUGGUGCGUCCUUUUCUCAAAGGACCAAUGCGAGUGGAUGUCCCCAGACACAAUUUCUGGCCGUGGAUUCCGGUGGCUACCCCGCUGGAUGCAAAUAACGACACACAGUUCUUCCAGACGCCAGAUCACAACUUCUGGCCAUUUAUUCCAGUGAACAGCACGGAACAAAGGAACUCGACUUACUUUGGCCUACCUGACCAUAACUUCUGGCCGUUUAUACCCGUCGCGCCUCCUCCCAAAAACAAGACACGGCCUGCGCCGCCUGAACCACCGGUCCAGACAACUCCUUCUCCAGUUCUUCCGAAACCUAAGCAUGGGUACAACUAUGCCGAGGUUCUUUCCAAAUCCAUUCUCUUCUAUGAGGCACAGCGGUCCGGGUGGCUCCCGGAGAACCGGAAGUUGAGGUGGCGGGGUCAUUCCGCGAUCAGCGACAAGGGAGAAUUCGGUGAGGACCUCUCAGGCGGAUGGUAUGAUGCCGGUGAUUAUGUUAAAUUCGGGUUUCCCAUGGCCGGUGCCACCAGCAUGUUAUUGUUCGGUCUCGUGGAGUUUAGAGACGCCUACGAAAAAGCUGGACUUUUGCCGGACAUGUUGGACUGUGUUAAGUGGCCCUUGGACUAUUUCAUCAAAGCCCACCCGGCUAAAUUCGUCUUCUACGCUCAGGUAGCCGAUCCUUAUGUGGACCACAGUUACUGGGGCAGACCUGAGGAUAUGGAGAUGUACCGGCCUGCCUACAAACUGACUCCUGAUGAUCCUGGAAGUGACAUCAUUGGUGAAACAGCGGCGGCAAUGGCAGCGGGCUCUAUCGUAUUUAAAAGUACAGACAAAAAGUACUCAGACCUGCUUCUCAGACACGCACAAGAACUCUUUGAGUUUGCAGACCAUCACCGUGGACUCUACAGCGACUCUUUGCCUAUUGUUCAAGAAUUUUACAGUUCUUCAGGCUACGACGAUGAGCUGUCGUGGGCGGCUGCCUGGCUGUACAAAGCCACGAGGAACGAGCGAUACUUGGUGCGUGCAGAAGAAACCUACCACAGCACCGAAUGCUGGGCGGUGUCUUGGGACGCCAAGGAUUGUCUGGCAGCAAUGUUGCUUUUCCAACUAACCAAGAGAGAGAAGUAUCGAUAUGAUAUAGAGAGAACGAUGGCGGCCUGGAUGCCUGGUGGUUCUGUCCCCUACACCCCCGAAGGCUUGGCGUUCCGAAGUCAGUGGGGCCCUCUGAGAUACACAGCAAACAUGGCAGCCAUGGCGCUAGCUGCGGCUAACGCAGGAAUCAAGCCUCUAGAGUACAGGCUGUGGGCCAGACAGCAAGUUCAUUACAUGCUUGGAGAUGCGGGACGAAGCUAUGUCAUUGGGUUUGGCGAAGACUACCCGAGACGACCCCACCAUGCCUCCAGCUCAUGUUACCCGCAGCCUGCCGACUGUUCCUGGUCAGCGUUCACCAGCUCCGACCCUAACCCGAUCACUCUGUACGGCGCGCUGGUUGGUGGCCCCAGUAUGGACGACAGCUUCUCUGAUUCCCGCAGCGACUACUACCAGAAUGAAGUCACGUGUGACUACAACGCGGGCUUCCAGUCGGCUGUAGCAGGUUUGAUGCAGCUGCAGAUACGUGAAAACAACCUGCAGACUUUUCCUGGACUACGGUCAGCAGCGCACGAGACAUCAGUGCAGAGUGGUCACCGGAACACAUCCUUCGGUAAAAUCGCGACCGACGUGGAGAAACGCGUGCAACCGGGAUCCACUCUUCAAAGGUUGCUAAAUCAUCACCUGAUGUCGGACAAACUGCGAAACAGCUACGCCCAGCCCAGAGGCCGCAGACCAAAGAUCCUGAAGCGAGAAAGUGUUUCUCGUGAAAGUCGACAAGGAGAAAAGCAUCUGCAUCCUCAGCGAGGUUAUUCACCUCAUCAGUCACAGCAGCAAGAUCCUCUGCAUAAUGAAAGCGCGAAACUUGAACUCGGCAGUGAUCACGUGAUCCAACACUGGCAUGAGCAUACAAAUACUACGAUUCCGCGAAAAACUACCGGGAGAUCAUUAUCAGGAUCACAAUCCUCCACAGCGAAGACUGUACAUUGAGCGAAUUCAUUGCCUGCAUAAGGAGUUUCUAAUAAAAUAACUGUGAUCGAACAUUCUGAUGAAUAUGCAUAACAGAUCAGCCCCUUUAUGCACAUAAAGACAAAUCUUCCCACCGAAAGCGGCCUCAUUUUGAGUUAAGCUUUUGGAAGCAAUGCAAAGCAUUCAGUGCGUGUUAUUAUGUGGCGUAUGCUUCGACAGAUGAUGUUUAAUAGUUGAAGGAAGGAAAUAAAUGUUGCG